UUACAUAAAAUGUUGAUACUAUUUUUGUUUGUGAUCGGCGUCUUCUAUGUGCAAUUCUAUUUGUACAAAAGACGAUUGACGAAGAACAUAACACAUUUACCAGUCGCAAAAGGAUUACCUCUAGUUGGGAUCUGUCAUCGGUUCAUCGGGAAAAGUACUACCGAAAUCUACCACGAACUAAUUAAACUCAGCGAGACAUAUCAAAAUCCAUCAAUAGCAUGGUUUUGUUCAACGCUAAUCAUUGUGAUUUCGAGCGCAGAAGAUAUGCAGAUCGUUCUGAAUUCGCCCGACUGCCUACAAAAAGCACAUUUGUAUGAUAACUUGGCCGUUAACGAUGGAAUUUUCAAAUCGAAAGCACAUAUUUGGAAGCAACACCGAAAACUUCUGAAUCCAACGUUUAACCAUAAAAUCCUUACAUCAUUCAUUCCAAUUUUCAACGAAAAAUCCAAAAUUAUGGCAGACAAAUUGAAGCAGAUGCUGAAUCAAGAGAAUCUUUUUGAUAUUAGCAAACCAUUUUUCGCUUGUACAUUGGACACCGUCUGUGCAACAUCUCUAGGAGCCAAUUUCGACUUUCAAAAGGAGAAAAAUUGUGAUAUCUUAGAGAGUAUGGAAAAAUACUCGGAAAUGGCAGCUGAACGACUGGUUAAAGUUUGGCUACAUUGGGACUUCAUUUACAAAUGGUCCAACCUUUGUAAAGUUCAAAGCAAAAUGUUAAAAAUUUUUGAAACUCUUCCGAAGGAGAUCUUUCGCGUGAAACAAAAAGAGUUCUACGAAGCAAAGUCAAAUUCCAAUCAAGAUCUAGAUGAAUCCGAAGAAUUUAAAGAGCCGCAAAUAUUUGUAAAUGAACUCUUGCGACUACAGUCGAAAGGACUGUUUGACGAUAAGGUGGUAUAUGAUCAAAUCGUUACAAUGGUCGUUGGAGGUAACGAAACCACAGCAUUAACAUCAUCGCAUGUUAUCCUUAUGCUGGCGAUGCAUCAAGACAUACAAGAGAGAGUAUUCCAAGAAAUCAAAUCAGCCCAUGCCGACCAAUACUGUGAUACAGAUGCUGAAGCAAUGACAAAGAUGCACUACUUAGAGAUGGUAAUUCGUGAAACAAUGAGAAUGUUGCCGGUAGGCCCAUUUUUGGGUAGAGAAACUCUAGCCGAUGUAAAAAUCAGUAAUUGCACAAUACCCAAAGGAACUUUGCUGCUAUUAGCGUUCCACGUUUUGCAUCGUGAUAAAUCGGUGUGGGGACCGACACCUGAAAAAUUCGAUCCAGACCACUUUCUUCCGGAGAAAGUAGCUCGAAGACAUCCAUACGCUUUUCUUCCUUUCUCUGGCGGGCCGAGAAAUUGUAUCGGAAUCAAAUACGCUUGGAUGUCGAUGAAGGUAAUGAUUUCUGCAUUGGUACGACGUUACAAAUUCACUACUGAUCUCAAAUUUGAAGACCUAGUACUUAAGUGGGAUAUUACAUUGAGAAUUGCAGACGGACAUAUGGUUCGAAUUGAACCCCGUAUUUAUUAAACGAUUUACUGAAAUAAACGACAACGAAAAAGACCCUA